GGGUUGGUCCUUGCAAAUUAGCACAACCUGCCGCUAAACCUUUCUGUCUUCCCACACAGGGUUUCAAGCCGUGCGUGGACGGGGAUCUUGAUCCCUUUCAUGCCUUAAGCUACGUUCGUCGGAUCAUCACUGGACUUCGCUCUCCAAUCAUCGAUUCGUUGCUUCCGCCACGAGACACGCCGAUGGGCUGGCUGGGGUGAUGGGUGGCCCGACCACAUACAACGGUACCUUCCUGACCGGUGGCACGAUUGGUCCAAUCCCCAACUCUAGACGCAGCUCUGACCAGACAAUUUUCCGCUCAUGAUGCGGGGUUCGCUCUUUACCCCCGGAGAUGACUCGCGGCUGACGCAUGGAUGAGUCGGUAGUAUAUAUUAAGCUACCACCACUCUUCCCAGCGUUGCGACUCUCUCUUUCCCCUUCCUUUCCCGGAGCAGCCAAGUCUCGUUGUUGAUCAACAGCCGCAAUCAUGUUGAUCGGCAACAUCUACGUGAUUGCGAGCGUCGCCGUCGUCGGCGGCGGCUUGUUUGGCUUUGAUAUCUCCUCCAUGUCCGCUCAGCUGAGCGAAAAUUCCUAUCUAUGCUAUUUCAACCAGGGCCCUAAGGGACCCCCCUUUACUGACGAUGAGGACUGCUCCGGUCCCACAUCCCUUAACCAAGGUGGCAUCACGGCCGCCAUGGCAGCUGGAUCUUGGCUGGGUGCCUUGAUUUCAGGUCCGCUUUCUGACCGCAUUGGACGCAAGACGUCCAUCAUGGUCGGCUGCAUCGUUUGGCUGAUCGGCUCCACUAUUAUGUGCGCUUCUCAGAACAUUGGCAUGCUGGUUGUUGGGCGGGUCAUCAACGGUCUCGCUGUGGGCAUAGAAUCUGCUCAGGUCCCCGUCUACAUCAGUGAACUUUCGCCACCCUCCAAGCGUGGCCGGUUUGUAGGCAUGCAGCAAUGGGCCAUCACAUGGGGUAUCCUCAUCAUGUUCUAUAUCUCGUACGGCUGCUCCUUCAUCGGGGGACAGAAGUCCUACAACUACAGUACUGCUUCUUGGCGGGUCCCCUGGGGUCUGCAGAUGCUGCCGGCUGUUUUCCUUUUCCUUGGCAUGAUGGUCCUGCCUGAGUCUCCUCGCUGGUUGGCGCGCAAGGAUCGUUGGGAGGACUGCCACCGGGUCUUGGCUCUCGUCCACGCCAAGGGGGAUCUCAGCCAUCCUUUCGUUGCGCUAGAGCUGCAGGAUAUCCGGGACAUGUGUGAGCUUGAACGUCAGUUCAAAGAUGUCACUUACCUUGACCUAUUCAAGCCGCGGAUGAUCAAUCGCACGAUGAUCGGUCUUUUCAUGCAGAUCUGGUCUCAGCUGACCGGCAUGAAUGUGAUGAGUAUGUCUUCCUGUUCCCGUCCAGGGUUUACUUUGACAGUGUACUACAUCACCUACCUCUUCUCCAUGGCCGGGUACAGCGGUGACUCCACCCUCCUUGCCUCCUCCAUUCAGUACAUUAUCAAUGUGUUUAUGACCCUCCCGGCACUGAUCUGGAUGGACAAAUGGGGGCGUCGUAUGCCAUUGCUGGUUGGCGCAGCUCUGAUGGCCAUCUUGAUGUAUGCCAACGGUGCGAUCAUGGCGGUUCAUGGUACUGUGGUGCCUGGGGGCAUCAACGGUGUUGCGGCCGAGUCGAUGCGUCUUCACGGCGCUCCGGCCAAAGGUUUGAUUGCCUGCACAUACCUCUUCGUUGCCUCGUAUGCGCCUACCUGGGGUCCUGUAUCCUGGACGUAUCCCCCUGAGUUGUAUCCGCUGCGGCUGCGUGGUAAGGGAGUGGCUUUGUCGACCUCAGGUAACUGGGCGUUUAACACUGCAUUGGGACUGUUUACACCCACGGCCUUUGAGAACAUCCGGUGGAAGACCUACAUCAUGUUUGGAGUGUUCAACACCGCCAUGUUCUUGCACGUGUUGUUCCUUUUCCCGGAGACAGCAGGAAAGACGCUCGAAGAGACGGAAGCGAUGUUUGAGGAUCCCAACGGCAUCAAGUACAUUGGUACACCGGCUUGGAAGACCAAGAUGAAGACCCGGCAGGUGGAGCAGUUGGAGCACGGUGAAGUGGAUGUGGAAUCAAAGAUUGAAGCCCGCCACGCAGAGACCACGGAGACUGCUCCCAAGUCGCAGGAGGCGACAGCGUAA